CUGUCCACCAAUGGCGGCUCGAGCGUGCGGGAUGAAGCCGUCAGUCAAGGCGAGCGGCGCACCGCAGUUCAUAAGGUGUGCGCGACGGCGGUGGCUCGUGAGGUGUCUGGCGGGGAUGGCGAUGGUCCGAGGCCUGUGGGAGUAGCGCGUCAGGAGAGAGACUUGGUUCAAGAUGUUUUCAAAAUGGAGUUGGUUACGGCAAGUUGUGUGUAGUCUCCUGAGCAUUUACUCCUUUGGAGUUUCAGAUGUACUUCAGGAACCAUGUGGCUAUAUAACUCCGGAGUCUCCUGUAGUAUCCCUUGAGUCCAGCUUUACAGCAUACUGCAUUCUUCGUGACUAUUGUUCAGCUUUUGGCUACCUUCGUGCUGAUAAAGUUAUCUGGAGAAUUCAUACUGAAGUUGUUCCUAAAAAACACUAUAGCAUAAUAAAUGGAACUGUUUCAAGUGUAACAUUCAAUGACACAUCUAUAUUGGCUUCUCCUCUGACUUGUAAUGUCUUAAUAACAGGAAAUAUUGAGCAGACCAUCUAUGGAAUUCAAGUUGCCUUGGGCCUUUCUCCAGACAAGCCUGAGAAUUUGAGUUGCAUUGUGCAUCAGCAUAAGGGAAAAAAGAAUUAUUCUCAAACUUGUACUUGGGAGCCUGGAAGAUACACAUUUCUGGACACCAAUUAUACUUUGAAAUCUCGGUGGCCAAUCAAACAGUUUGCUGACUGCCUGGGUGCCAAUAAUUCUUGUACCAGUACUAAGGUUGUCUUUUUUGUCAACUUGGAAGUGUGGGUAGAAGCAAAGAAUGCUCUUGGGGUAGCUGAAUCUGACCGCAUUGUGUUUGAUCCUAUAAAACAAGUAAAACCGCUGCCACCAUGCAAUCUGUCUCUCAACUCAGGAGAAUUUCCCAGAGUCUUAAAGCUAUCGUGGGAAAGCCUAUUUGAUGAAGUACCACUGGUCCUGAGAUUUGAAAUUCGAUACAAGAUCAUUGACAGUAUAAACUGGAUCCAGGUUCUUCUUGAAGACACAGAAACACAGAGAGAUUCCUUCUUCAUUCAAGAGCUCAGACCAAACACAAAAUAUGUGGUUCAGCUGCGUUGUGUAACAAGUUGGGGAGGGCACUGGAGUGACUGGAGUAAAGAAGCAGUUGGGUUCACAGCGGAAGAUAGACCAUCUAAAGGACCAGAUCUGUGGAGGAAGAUUAGUCCUGUUCACUCACCAGAAAACUGGACUCUGGUGCUGAUCUGGAAGGAGUUAAACCCUUCUGACGCUAAUGGAAUAAUUUUGAAAUAUGAUGUAUCUAUCUUGGGAAAGCCACCACUUCAUUUUCAACAGCAAUUCUACAGUCUGAACACCACACAGCUGACUCUAAAUGUAGAAAAUGGGACAUAUGAAGUGAGAAUUAAAGCAUCAAACAGUGUGGGUGAAUCUCCUGCAUCAGUUUUGCUGAUCCCAGCAACUAACUCAAGAGCUCCUGUGAAAAAUCUUACAGCAUUUCCUAAAGAUGGCAAGCUUUGGGUAGAGUGGACAGUUCCUAAACCUGAUGUUAAUAGAUACAUAAUUGAAUGGUAUGAAGAGUGUGACAAUUUGACAUGUGCUACUGACUGGCAACUGGAGUCUGGAACGAAAAAUUGCACAUUUUUAAGAGGAGGCAUAAAGCCACGGAAAAGCUAUAAAAUAAGUGUGUAUCCAUUAUAUUCAAAUGGUCAAGGAGAAGAAAGAUCAAUACAAGCAUACCUUCAAGAAGAUGCACCUGCUAUAGGUCCCACUGUUCGCACAGCAAAAGUUGGAAAAACUGACGCCCUUAUUGAAUGGGAACCUCUUUCAGUAGAAGAACAGAAUGGUUUUAUCAAAUACUACAAUAUAAUUUACAAAACAGCUACUGGAAAUGAAACAGUUGUGUUUGUGGACCCUUCUAAAACUGAGUACCCACUGUCGUCCUUAUCAAGUGACACUUUAUAUAUGGUGCAGGUAGCAGCAUACACAAAAAAUGGAGGGAAAAGGGGUCCUGCUUUUACAUUUACUACGAAGAAAUUUGCGGAAGGAGAAAUUGAAGCAAUUGUUGUCCCUGUGUGCCUAGCAAUCCUGCUAUUUACUCUUUUAAGUGUAUUAUUUUGCUUCAACAAACGAGAUAGCAUCAAGAAGCACAUCUGGCCUAACGUGCCUGAUCCUUCUAAGAGUGUUAUUGCCCAGUGGUCACCACAAACGCCAUCAAAGCAUUUUCAUCAUUCCAAAGAUCAGAUGUAUCCAGAAGGCAGCUUUACUGAUGUCAGUGUGGUUGAAAUUGACAAGAAGUCAUUUUCUGAACAGGAUCCUAAGCCUUUUUACUUGCUUAGAAAGGAGAAAAAUGCCUCAGAAGGGCACAGCAGUGGUAUAGGGGGGUCAUCCUGCAUGUCUUCUCCUCGACAAAGCGUUUCUGACAGCGAUGAAGGCGAACCUGCUCAAAAUACUUCUAGCACUGUGCAGUAUUCAACUGUUGUACCCAAUGGCUACCGGGACCAGAUACCUUCAGUCCAAGUCUUUUCAAGGUCUGAGUCAACGCAACCACUACUAGACUCGGAGGAGAGGCCCGAAGAUCCGCCCGUGCUGGGAAGCGACAACUCAACACCAAGACAUCGCUAUUUCAAACAGAAUUGUAAUAAUGAUGAUACAGUCAUGGAUGAGCCUCAUUUGGAUGGGGUAAAACAGAUUUCUCCAAUAAAUGAGGAAGAUGCUGCUGGACUUCAGACUUUGCAAAUGUGUAGCUCUGGCCCAGAUGAACAUGAUGUUGCCUUAGCAGGUGCUUUCCACCCAAGCCCUGAAGGACUAGCUGCAGAGUUUGAAACAUUGAGAACAAAUGCAGUGACAGAGGAUGAGGUCCCAAAGUGUUACUUACCACAGACUGUUAAGCAGGGUGGUUAUAUGCCCCAGUGAGGAGACACUGCCACCAGUAGAUACUGUUACAUUAUUGGUUCUGAUAAGUUAAACUGUUUUUUAAAUCUUGCUUCUGCUGAACAAUUCAGGUUCAUUUAUGGAAGAAAAUGUGGACAACGUGGGUUUGCGGACUUUGAUUUACGUUGGAAGUUUCUACCCAUUCUUACAGAAAUAUUCCUUCAAGCACUACAUGUCACUCAACUUUUCAGGCAAAUUUGUUGCCAUUCUGUUUUCUGCUAGGGCAUCACACUUCUUUUAAAGUAAAAUGGAACACAACUUGUUUUGUUAGAGGUAAAGGCAUAGAGAUGGAAACUGACUGUGAAUACCUCCUUACAGGAUGAAGAAAUUAGUGUACUAUAUUAUGAAUGUGCUUUUUUCAUCAACUUUGUUGUCAACUUAGUAAAAGUACAGUGUUUUAUAUUGGAACAACUGUGCUUUAAAAAUAAUCUGGAGGCCAAAUCUGAGGCCAAACUUAUGGCAGAAUCAAAACAUUAGAUGGCAUCUAAUAUUCCCAGAUUAAUGGACCAGAAACACCUUGUUUGGAAAUGUGCCCUCCUUGCCAGUCAAGAACCACAAGCCAGUGGAGUGAGAUAUGUAUAUGAAUCAUAACUAUCAAAAUGCUAUUAAUGUCAAAUGCCAGUAUUUCAUACCCUCCUGUCUUGCAAAUUGAGCCAAAUCUACUGCCGUUUAAACAUUUUUAGAACUCAUACCUGUGCACUUUUAAGUGCACUUUUUUGCUUUUUACCAGGAUGGGCUUGGGUGAAGUAAACAUUUAAUAAUAGAUAAUGAAGUUAUAUAGUAAGUGUGUUUUUAAGGGGGAAAGUCCACUGCUCUUUGACUGCCAAUGCCAGGUUCUAGUAUUCCCUGCUGCCAUUAUUAAUUUGUAGAACAGAACAUGAAAACUGCAUAGUCAUGGCAGAUCCACAAAGACAUCUUGAAGAACUGCAAUAUUGGCACUCUGCAUGGAGGGUUUUCUCUUUCGCCAAUGAAUAAAUCUGGAAACAUUUCUUGCAGAUUCUAUUUAUAUUUAAUAUAAAAUCAUUGAGACUGAGUUUUGAAGCAAUCCAAAAACACUACAAUUGUUUUAACAGGAAAUAAAAGUUAAUUUGAGUCUUCCUCAACAAUUUAACUAUGGUAAUGAUUGUGUUUUGAAAUCUCAGUGGCUUUUACUUUGUAAGCUCUUGCACUGUAAUUGGUGGCUAUGAAGAUCAGCCAGCCAGUCUCUUAAGAAUAGCUGUAAAACACAUUUUAAUGUUUUAAGGGUUUCUUCUAUAAAAACAAUUCUGAUUACAGCAAUGUUCUUUGAGUUCAUAAAUUAUAAUGAGUUUGUGCCAUGACCACCUCAGAAUUGUUUUUUUAUGUUGAGAUAAUAGAUUUACUCUUCACCUUGUAGUGCAUGGCUCCUUAAUGCCACUUUUAUGAUGCAGUUAUACUUCAUCCAGUGCUCUAAAAAUGUAAUGAAUGCCAACAAUAUUCAGUCCAUAGUUUAUUGUGAUUUUUCUAUUUUUCAGAAACAAACCUUCCCAAGGUUUAUUUUGGAGGAAAGCAAAGUUAACACUGUGCAUAGUGUUCUGUGUGCUUAAUUAAACCUGCAAUCCUAACACCUCACCUGGGAGUAAGCCCCAUUGUGCUUUUUGAACUUGUCCUAUACAGGCCCUAGUAAAAUAAAUGUAAGGUUCUCAGUGGCAAAAGCAGUCUACUGUGACCAUAAUACACAGUCUUCUUGUAUGGUAUCACAAGUGUCAGAAUCCCAUUUUAAUGCUUGAGCUGUCUGUCUGCACCAAUGUAAUCUUCAUGUUAGUCUCCAACACAAUUUAUCAGGAUAGUUCUACAAUCACCUUACUUCAUUACAGUUAAAUAUACCGUAUUUUAACACACAUUGUUUGAAGUUUAGACUCACCUUAUUUAGCAAGCCUACCUCACCAAAAUUUUAAAAGAUUUUAAAAUAAAAUUUUAAAAUGAUCUUCAGUGGUGUUUGUGAUCCAGUGGAAGUACUCAUGAAAAGUUUUAUUGAGCAUUUUCAAAAGUUUCUCACAGGGUAUGGUAUGAGACAACAUGGAACUAUACCUUGCUAAAGCUUAGUAGGUUUGGGUCUGUCCUGAAUGGUGGACUACUUACGAGUCAUGUGUGCCCUCCCUUGGGUUUCAUAAUGAAAGAAAGGCAAGCUAUAAAUUGAGAAAAUACAUUUUACAUAAAAGUCAAAUUUUGUUCACUUUCCUUUUACUGCAGUUUUGGCAUUGUUUUCUUUCUCUGGUAUUCUAAAUGCAAAAUCCCUCUUUGUGAUUUGUAGAGUAUUGUCUUGACAUUUAUUUGGGAGGGGCUGUCUCAAUCAAAUAACACCAUUAACAGUAGAAUCUUAUACAUGUCUGCUUAAAAUUAAGUCCCAGAGUUGAAUGCAGCAAGCUCCCAGGUGUGUAUGAAAUAAGAGUACAGAAUUCUAGCCUUAAGUUUGCAAUCCUAUGCACACUUACUAGUUCCACUGCAACCAGUGGGAUUUAACUUCUGAAGCUUUUCUGGUGUGCAGAGAGGACAUGUCCAAUUGCCCAUUGCCUAUGAAAGUUGCGCUUUAGUUCCAUCUUGAAAAGGGCAUUUUGAGAUUUUGCUUCAUUUGACCGAAUCAAAAGCUGAUUUGUGACAGUAAAAAAAAUCACCUGACACCUUCCUCAGGCAUGUCAACACUAAAUUGCCUGAAUCCAAUUAAGUUACAGGCAACGUAAGGUAAAAGGUUAUUUACAUGCUAUAUAUGUAUCUUUGUGGGGGAGAUUUCACAUGUGACAUGCUUAUUUCUGUAUUGAGAAAGCCGCACUGCAGAAAUUGACCUUAAAGCACUGCUUUCAAAAAAUACAAAACCAAAAAAACCUGAACGCCUCUGUUUUUAAACCAGAGUUCUGAAGCAAGCUGAAAUAAAAAUGUAAACUUUUGUUAAGGUCAAGUAUUACCCAUUCCUUUGUGUGAGAUAGAAUUGUUAUGUAAUAAAAUUCUACAUACAUGUAAUUUUGUUCAUAAAAUUCUAACUAAUGUGGCAUUAAGUGUGACUUAUAAUUAAACAUUGUGGUUUACUUUAUCAUGCAUGGAUUUAAAGCAAAUAUUCUUAAAUAGAAUUCACAAUUAAGGCCGAGUUCAGUAGGACUUGCACGUGGAUGCCUUGCUUGCAUUUGGUGUCAGUGGGGUAAAACAACAAAGAGCUUCACACAAGCCCUGGGUUCAGAUGUUCUGGAGCAAUGCAUUCCCUAACUUUGUAUAGCAUUUGUACUUGGGCUAGUUGCAGGGAUAGUAUGAAUACAGUAACAGUUUAUGCAAAUACAUGCAUUCCAUCCUAUAUAAUAUGCUACCCAUGUCUUUUUCUCACCCAAUACUGCCUCAUGUUGCUUGUUAGCUAAAGUGAUGGACCAACAAAAUGUAUGGAGAUAUACCAUGCUCUGCUCUGACUGUUGGAUGGAAUGUUAGCUGGAGAACUUCUAAGUCUGCAGAAAAGUGGGAAACCUCAUUUGAUUUCAAAACAGCUGUGAAAAUUUGAUGUUGAACAUCAGUAUUGUAGCUUACUGCUCCAGAUAUAUAUCUGGUAAAGGUUCAUAAACACCUUUUGCUUGUCAACUCACAGUAAUGCACACAGUGCUUAAUUUUUCAUUAGGACCUGUCUGCUGCAGCUUGAUACAACCAUUCACAUGACUCUAUACUUUAGGAGGAAGGUUCUUGUCUGGAGCAAUUACGGUAACUAAGAUGUACUUCCUACUUCCUGUCUUGCUUGUGACCUGUUUCAACCAAGACCAUACAAAUGAAGAGAAAAUCUCAAAGAUAAGGCAUGGUCUUGAAGUUGUAGCCACUCAACUUCAAUAGGUCACACUUUAGUGAAGACAACCUUCCACUAAAAAAAAAAAAAACCACCAAAGCUGUGCAAAUAUCUUUCAGGCAU